AUGGCUAUUACCAUGGCCGAUAGUAUUAUUAGGAAAGCUUGCGACCGUUGCCACUCCCAGAAGCUGAGCUGUAAACGUGUCGGCGACGAAGCCUGCGAACGUUGUGUUAGACUUCAGACAGAGUGCAAAUCAAGCCCUUCCCUUCGUUAUAAGAAGCAGCAUCAGCAGCAACAGCAGGCGCAACAAUAUCAACGCCAACAGCAAAGAACACAAUACCAGAACCAACAACAGCCUCAAACGCAGCAGUCGUCUUAUCCCACGCCAGGAGCAAAGCCCCCGGCCGGCAGGCGUUCACCUAAGCGUCGAAGGACAGCCAGCGAGCUGGGACUGGUGGCUGGAGAACGAGGGCUUCCAAUCAUUCAACAAGGAGAAGAUAUAUUACCAGAAGACCAGAGUGCCAUCGUGGCUGAAGGGUCCUUGGAACCAGCAGACUUCGACUUUAGUCAGAUUGAGAAUCUCAAUUUCUUUUCCCCUCCUCCCACAGGACCUAUACCGCACAGUUCUAUUACUGGAGCUCUUGAAGCUUUUCAGUCCGUAUCUACCUUCCCAGACCCUUGGGACCCGUCACUAAAUCGGCCCUCCGAAGCAUUCCAUACCACGCCAACCGCUUUCCAACAGGGCGAAGGUAGCGGAUAUCAAUCCACAGUCCCUGUCUUGGGCCUGACAGGAAUUUCGCACUCUCCGUCCAUAGCAGACAAACGCAGAAGACCUCGUCUUAGAAAUAGGCCACGACAAAUUGCCUUGAGACAAAUUGCAAACGCACCAGAGCCACAUACAAGCUCCUCAACUGUUCACUGGAUGGCGCAAUUAUCUGAAAUAAACUCUCGCCUACUGGACCUUGCGUCUGUCUUGCCUCAGCAGCACACGGCAGGAUGCAAUUUUCAAACCCUCAACAGGUCCAAUGAUGAGGCCUUUCCCCCUCAAGGAUUUCCAAUUGAUGAGAUGUUUAAGCUUACACGUCGAGUAGCAGAUGUACUGGACCGCUUGUCUGCAGGAGGCAGUCCAAACUCGGCUCGCAUGGACAACUCUGACCCAGGCAACUCCAUGUUUGUCCUGUCAACUUAUGUCCGCCUCCUUGACAUGUAUCAACGAGUUUUCAGUCUAGUUCGCAUGGAGGUGUCCCAAGCUGAGGCGGAAGCAGCGUUCAGGUUCUGGAGACUCCCAGACGUUCAGGUCGGAUCAUUUGCUGUCGAUCCGUCACCUUCGCUGCAGAUGUCACUUACUAUUCAGCUCGCUGAAGAGUUUCUCGCUCGUUUAAGGGUGGCAACUGCUGCCCUGGAUCCUGCGCUGAGCAACGGCGGGGGAAGCAAGUCAAUAUCUGAAGACAAUGCCAAUGGCAAGUCGAUGUUUUCGGAUGUGGUGGACAUUUCGUACAGGGCGGUCAAGACAAAGGAAGAAAGUCUUGGGAAGCAUCUUGCAGAGUUGCGAGAUGAAAUUGAAGCUUUCUUGAAUCCUUGA